AUGUACAGUUAUACGCGCUUACCUUCAGAGAGGUCGGUUCGACUUCUAAGGAUCAUUCCAGAUAAAAAUUGCCAACAUGGAUUUUCCUUAAGCCUGAGGCCCUAUUCCUUAAGCAAUUUACCGCCAUUUUGGGCGUUAUCGUACACAUGGGCAUUGCCAGAUUUUUCAGACGAAGAAGAACAUGAAGGGACACAAGACCGGUCUUUUCGGAUCGAUUGCGACAGGCAAAGCCUAGAAGUUGGGGAAAACCUAUUCAAUUUCCUGCAACGAAUGAGUGAGGAGAUGUCAGAAAAGUUUGAACCAUCAAAACCCCAAGAGAACACAUCCGCCUUCGCAGACAAAACUCGUCGGUUCCUCAUACCGCAGGAAGGAUUCAACUUUUGGAUCGAUGCCAUUUGCAUAGAUCAGAAAAAUGACGCAGAAAGGUCGGGCCAGGUGCAGUUAAUGAGCGAGAUCUAUCAAUCUGCUCGCCACGUCAUUGCAUGGCUGGGCAAUUCAGAACCAAAUGACAACGUUCAAUGGGUCAUGAAUGAAUUCGCGCCCUUGAUGUUACGUCUCUGGCGCUCGAGUGCAAGUCGGAGAAUUCUACAAUUGCUUCAAGAUGCAGGACACGAGCUGGACCACCCUGUCAUUGACAAACUGGUGGGCAGCCGGACCUGCCAGCGAUGGCGCGAUUCAUAUACCGACUUCUUUUCGUUUUUCGUGAAGAAAAGAUGGCUUACCCGCGGAUGGGUCGUUCAAGAAAUGGCGAUACCGAAGCCGCAUGCUGUAAUUCUCUAUUGUGGCAGAAGCCAAUUUCGCUGGGUCACUAUCAACCGGUUUUGCACCUUUAUGUUAACCGUUGGCUGGGAAGACACGCUGAAUUUGCAACUUGGCGACCGCCUCCCUUUAUGGAAAAAGAGACCUGGCACAAUCGAGCGCCUCUGGAACCCUGUUUCGGCUGCGUUGCCCGAGUUCCAACAAAGGGCGGUUAGUAAACAUUUGAUUGAUUGGCAGGAUAGACGCUGGGGCGCCACCACCGAUGAGGAAGCUCGGCAUGCCGAAGUACUACAUAACUUCCACAGACUACGAUUUUAUGAGUUCCGAAACCCAUUGGAUCAUAUCUAUGGAACUUUGGGGUUGAUUCCUCGCAUUCUGGGUCCGAAUUACCAAAGUGGGAUAAACCCCAGUUACGAAGUCUCAGUUGAGCACGCCUUUACUGAGGUAACGUCCUGGCUUCUACAACAUCUACCCAACCUGGACAUAUUGGGAUUAGCAGGUAGCCCUGAUGGCAGGCGUCAGCAGUUACCCUCCUGGGUGCCAGAUUUUAGUUUCCAUGGACCUGAGCAAUACACCUCUCUGCAACGGGUGCGACAACGACGGAUGAAGUAUGCUCGAUGGUAUGGUCCGCUUGACGCAACAGGCACUGCAAAAGGCUUGUCUAAGCCCUUUUUCCGCAUUGAAGGUUCUAAACUAGCGCUCGAGGGUACAUGUUUUGACACCGUCAAGCACAUUCGGUCUCUCGAGUGCAAUACGCAUGGCAUUCUUCGGAACGUCCUUUGGAUUCUAGAACAUUGCAUGCGUAAUCACACUUAUGUUUCAGGGGGUGAAUCGAUGGUCGAAGCUGUCGUAAAGACGCUGACCGCUGACAUAAGGCCGAGAGCAAUAGUACAGAGCGAUUACAGUAGUCGAACUGAACAGUGGCUACGGAAGUGCAUGAUGUAUGACUGGCACUCUCAGCAAGGUGUUGAGCGAGAGACGUGGCGUCAAAACAUUGCGGCCUAUGCUAAACAUACGGCUGACCACAAACCUUUCAUAAAGCUGGAUGACCUGCUUCAAACAGUCUCCCUGCAAGACCUUGAGAUAAGCUUAACAGAUGACUCUUUUACCAAGAUCAUUCAUUUUGUUACACCUGGCAGAUGUUUUCUGGAGACUCGUGGCGGCUAUAUUGGACUAGGACCAGCCGAAGCAGAAGUAGGUGAUGAAAUUUGGUUGGUGAAGGGUGGCAGAAUGCCGUUGCUGCUUCGAAAAAACAGAAGCGAAGCUAGCGAUGGCGAAUCCUAUAGCUUGGUGAACGAAGUAUACCUCCAUGGAGUCAUGCAUGGUGAGCUAGUCAACAACGGAUUACUAGAUAGGUUCCACGAAGUUGCAGUAGUAUGA